AUGAGGGAGAAGUACACAAAGGAGGAAGCAGUGAAGAAUUGGGAGAAGAAGAAGAACAAGCCUUCUUCACCAAAAGGAGUUGGAGAGUUUCUGAAAAAGAAGAAAGGAAGGUUCUACAUUAUUGGAAAAUGUAUUACUAUGCUUCUUUGUUCACACAAGUGAUAGUCAACACACAUUUUUUCAUACAUAUUUAUGUUAUCAUGUAUAGGUAUAGAUGAUGAUAGAGGUAUAAAAAGGAGAGAGAGCUCAACAUAUUUACAUCUUUAACAUUUCGGUGUUCAUCUCUCAUUUUAUGUGGGUGUGUUCUUGUUGUCGUCGUCGUUGUUAUAUAUGGAAAUAUAUCACUCAAUAUUCUUCUUGUGAACUAUAUAUAUAACGGAAUACUAUCUCCCAUAGUC